GCAAGGCCGAGGCCGAGUAGAAAGGAAGGGAGAGCGGGAUGUGAGGCGUUUUUAUUAGCUGCCGCAGCCGGGUCUCUCCCGUUUUGUUUUCUUGCUCCAGUCGUGGCGGCUGUGACGACCUUCAUUCCAAGUCAGCUUUUCUUCGGCAUUCAGUCAUUCUAACGAUCUGUUGCUUUUUUUUUUUCUCCCCCCCCCCCCUUUUUCAGUUAAGCUCUUCUCGCCCGUUGUCCAUCUCCCCAGUGGAGAGUGCGGGGCGCCCUUGUGGAUAUCCUGAGGACUAGCGCCUUUGUUGCUGUGGUGCCCUCUGGUUGUGUUAGGAUUCCGCUUCUAUUAGUAGAAUGAGACAUGGCUGACGAUCCUCAGAGAAAUUUCCGAUCCGUGUACUAUGAAAAAGUAGGAUUUCGUGGUGUUGAAGAAAAAAAAUCAUUAGAAAUUCUUUUGAAAGAUGACCGGUUGGAUAUUGAGAAGCUUUGCACAUUUAGUCAAAGGUUCCCUCUCCCAUCCAUGUUCCGGACCUUGGUAUGGAAGGUGCUUCUAGGAAUUCUCCCACCUCACCAUGACUCUCAUGCAUUUGUGAUGAAAUAUAGAAAGGAACAGUAUGGGGAUGUAUACCGUGCCCUUCAAGUCAUUCGCUUUAUCACAGAUUCUACUCCACAGGCUGAAGUAUUCCUCCGGAUAUAUCAGUUGGAAUCAGGAAAGCUACCACAAAACCCAUCUUUUCCUUUGCAAUCCGAAGAUGAGAUAUUCCUCGCUAUUGCAAAAGCAAUGGAAGAAAUGGUGGAAGACAGUGUUGAUUGCUACUGGCUAGUUAGUAGUUUCGUGAACCAGUUAAACAAUAGGUACAAGGAGGCAUUACCACAGCUGCCAAAACUUCUGGAACAAAUCCUGAGCCUUGAGGACAACCGGCUUCUAGCAUAUCUGAAGUCGUGUUCAGCAAUGGGCCAGCUUCCUUAUAAUCUUUGGUUUAGAAAGUGUUUUGCUGGAUGCCUACCUGAAUCAAGUUUACAAAGGGUUUGGGACAAGGUUAUUAGUGGUUCUUGCAAAAUCCUUGUCUUUGUUGCUGUUGAGAUCUUAUUAACCUUUAAAAUGAAGUUGAUGGCCUUGACUAGUGCUGAAAAGAUUGAACAGUUUUUGGAAAAUAUACCUCAAGAUAACACUGAUGCAAUUGUGAGCAAGGCUAUUGAACUGUGGCACAAACAUUGUGGGACCCCUGGUCAUUCAGUUUGAAAUUACCUGCAUUUCUGUUUUUGUUUUAUGUGUGUUUCCUUCUCCAAAAUAUAUAAUUAAAAUUAUUUAAACAU